UUGGGCCUUGGGGGAAAAAGGAAAAUGGAAGGGAGAGGUCAUUGUGAUGCCAGAUAACCGCGUCUACUUCCCUAAGGACAUGGCAUGGCACAUAGUCCGACACAUGCACUACACUACACACCUGGGUAAGACGGCCCUAGCAACGUUGUUGGGACGACAGAUGUACAUCGAUGGGCUCCAUAGCUUAACGGCAGCGGCUGCACGCAGGUGCUGGACCUGCGCCAAGAAUAACCCUCGAGAAGGACCCUUAAAGCCCCCAGGAGUUCAACAUGUAGGCAACACCCCGUUCGAGGCAAUUUUGACUGAUUUCACCAAACUGCCUCCGCAAAAGGGCUACAAAUAUUUGCUUGUUUUUGUGUACACUUAUACUGGGUGGGUAGAGGCAUACCCAACCCGUACUGAGAAGGCGGUAGAAGUUUCUAGGGCACUGUUAAGAGACAUAAUCCCAAGGUUUGGAAUACCAUUGGAAAUAGGAUCUGAUAACGGUCCAGCUUAUGUACACAAGGUAGUUCAGGGAUUGUGCCAAAUAUUGGGCACCAAGUGGAAGUUGCAUUGUGCCUAUAGACCCCAGUCAUCCGCAAAAGUUGAAAGAAUGAAUCGGACUGUAAAGAAUGCUAUAUCAAAAACCUGCCAAGAGACAGGGCUGGGAUGGACUGUAGUGCUGCCCAUGGUGCUAUUGAGAAUAAGAUGUACCCCCCAUAAAAGAACAGGUUUGACCCCCUAUGAGAGACUGUAUGGAAGUCCACCACUAAAUUUGAGGUCAAUAAUAAACAAAGGGGGAGACCAACAUGUGAUUGGAGACAAACAGACGAUUCAACAGUUGCAAGCUCUGGCUGGACAGAUAGAAAAAAUAGCUCAAUAUACAUCAGAACUGAGCCCACCUUAUCCUACCACACCUUUGCAUUGUUUUUCGCCAGGUGAUGAAGUGCUCAUUAAAGAGUGGAAGAUUGACCCGCUUGGACCAAAGUGGAGAGGACCCUAUACUGUGCUGUUAUCAACCCCUACCGCCAUCAAAGUGAAGGAAGUCAAACCUUGGAUACACUACACCCGUGCCAAGUUGGCGCCCCCUGUGUGGAAAGUGGAAAAAGCGGAUCAGAGUGACCUGAGACUCAGGAUCGUCCGGCAACCCCCUGUGGGGUCAACAAGGCCAUGA